AUGGCGAAUCUAAUAAAAGACGACGAGCCAACUAGAGCAGAUCGGGACAUAAGCGGGGACACAGAUUUGCACAUAGCAGUAAAAAACAACAACCCUGAAACAGUACACCACCUUAUACAAUGCGGAAGGAAUGUGAACGAAAAAAAUAACAACGGCGACACGCCUAUAUCUCUAGCUUCUAACCUAACAAUAGCUCAGUAUUUGAUAAAUGCAAAAAGUGAUAUUAAUUUACGAAACAAUUUGGGUGAAACUUCAUUGCACUGUGCUGUUCGUUGUGAACACGAAGACGUGGUUCGUCUUUUAGUUGACAAUGGCGCAGAAAUUGACUCUAAAAAUAACUCAGGGGAAACGACUCUCAUGUACGCUAUUCAAGCUCAAAAUUUGACACUGGUUCAGUAUUUAGUUGAUCAGGGAGCAAAUGUUAACAUUCAGGACUGUUAUGGAAGAAACGCUUUGAUGCACGCGAUCACAUGCGGAAGUCCCUACACCUCAGAUGUUAUAGUUCUACAAACAGUAUACGAUGCCAGAUUUGAAGAAAACGUGUGCGAAUAUCUUAUAGCAAGAGGAGCAGAAGUGAAUGCCAAAGACGUCAACGGCCAAACUGUUUGCAUGUUGGCAGUUAAUAAAGACCCUCACAGACUUCUGCCUAAACUAGUCUCUCUGGGAGCAGAUCUAAAUCUUCUAGACAACGAAAAAAGAUCCGCGCUUGUCUACAGGCUGAUGAACAAAGAACUACAGACAAUAGGUUUUUAUGGCAGAAUUUUAGACCUCGGCGCCGAUCCGGUAAUUCACGAGAACUACCGUCAUUUAGUAAAAGAAAUAACUUUUGACAGAGAGCUAUGCUACUACGAUUCUGAAAUGAUAUGGAACAACAAAACGAUACUUAUAUUUCAGUUUCUACUUAUGAAUGGGCGUGUCCACGAUCACGCUUGCCCGGAAUUUUUCAAAAGGUGCUGUUCAUCUAAUAUUAGCUGUGCCAUUUCUAAAUCCAACCUGAACUUGGUCAAAUUUUUAUUUGCCACCGGUUUUCUCUUUAGGUCGGAUCUGGUUUGUUUACGUCCAGCUAAAAAUAGCUAUGACCUUGCGGAUGACCUUGUGGGUGAGUUUCAAAGCAGCACGUCCGUUUCACCACGCGAUUUACAAGCGGCUUGGCUUGGACUAGACAGCACCAUAGCGCCAUAUUUAUAUUUUGAAUUACGAAGAGCUAUGCGAGAACCCUGGCCACUGGUCAAACUUGCUUUUAUUGAAGUCUCCACCUUACUUGGGACUGGACCUAUGAGAGAAGAAAAACUAAAACAGACCAAACUCCCACCAAGAUUACAGCGAACGUUGAUGUUUCAAGAACCAAUAUCAAGAUUACCUGUAGAAGACUGGUCUAAAAUACCUCUUUGUUUUGACCCAGUACAGUACGAGACUUUACCCUGUCCUAGACCUUUACUCUACUACUGGCCUGUUGGUCAUAGGCUCGUUAACUGAAUAUUUUUAAUAAUUUGAGUUUUUUUAAUGUAAAUAUUAAACUAAUCUUUAUAAAGCAGACGCUUGCAAUUUUAAAAUAUGUGUAUAUCUCUGCGUAUGUGCAGGAGUAGGCCCCUACAUGCGAAAAUAUAAUUAAACAACCAGUGUAUGAAAUUUUGGAUUGCAAGCCCCCAGUUGGCAUACCUGUUACGGGAAUUCCAGGUAUUACAUUACACUCCUUGGAAGAAUCUAUGUUGUACACAAAGCCUACAUGCUCAAGUUAAAGAUCAACAAUAAAACCGCGUUGCAAAAUUAUACAACAAAACAGGAUAUUUACAGAAAAGAAGAACCUUUACUUGUUCUCUUCAUGUCAGCAUAAUAAAUAGCUUAAGAGAAUGAGUCGCCAUAUAUAUGACCACGAGAUCUAUAGAGCUGCUCAACUCGGAAACAUUGAACCACUUUAUAUUGACUCAAUCAAUAUUAGAAAUAGAUACGGUCUAACUGCACUGAUGAUAUCUGUGGCUGAUAAUAAUGUGCUGGCAUUAAAAAGGCUGCUAUCUGCAGGUGCUAACAUUAAUCUAUCAAAGAACAAUACCAGUUGCAUCACAGCACUGACCAUAGCCGUAAAAAAAAACAGAAUUGAAUGUGUGAAGGAACUGAUCAGGGCUGGAGCUUUCUUUAACUGCGAGCGAGGAUUGGAGGCUUUAAAGAUGGCGAGGGAUCACAACUUUUUGGAUGCUGUAGUGGAAGGGGAUGAUGCUAUGAAAAAAAUUAUAAAACAUGAUUCUGAUCAAUGAGGAACCGCAUCUUAUGUAGCUUUCAAGAACAAUUGUUUUAAUUUACUCAUCACGUUAGUAGACUCGGGAGUUCCUUUAAGAUCAUUAACGUACGAAGAUAUGACAGAAAAUAAAAAGAUGACUACAUUGCUUCUGAAAUCAGCUAAAAUAACUCUUAACGAAAAAGUAGGAGAUGGGAAGACUCUACUAAAACAAGCCAUACGAUUAAAAGAUAUACAGUUUUUAAAAUUUCUGAUAGAAAAUCACGUCGAUCUUAAUAUUGCCGAUUCCGCCGAAAACACAUGUCGUGAUGGUAAAUUUGCAUUAGUAAACG